AGUAGCACAACGCAAUUUAAAAGCACAGCGUGACUGACGACCGCUCGAGGCGGACGAUUUCACCUUGAUUUGUGGAAUCGAGAACCAAUAGAGAAGCAACGUCAUGGAUGAUGAAGCAGAAACCUACAAACUGUGGCGAAUUCGGAAGACUAUUAUGCAGCUUUGCCACGACAGAGGAUACCUAGUGACACAGGAAGAAUUGGAUCAGGACCUCGAGGGUUUCAAGGAUCAAUUCGGAGAUAAGCCGUCUGAUAAGAGGCCAGCACGCAGCGAUCUCGUUGUGCUUGUUUCGCAUAAUGAUGAUCCUACAGACCAGAUGUUUGUCUUCUUUCCUGACGAGGCUAAAAUCGGUAUCAAGACGAUUAAGACGUACUGUCAGCGUAUGCAGGAAGAGAAUAUAUCUCGCGCUAUCAUUGUGGUACAAGCAGGAAUGACCCCGUCAGCAAAACAAGCUCUUGGAGACAUGGCGCCAAAAUAUAUUCUCGAGCACUUUUUAGAAAGUGAACUGCUCAUUAAUAUUAUUGAGCAUGAGUUGGUGCCUGAGCAUGUCGUUCUCACGCCCGAAGAGAAGGCGGAGCUUCUUGCGAGAUACAAACUGAAGGAAAAUCACCUUAUGAGAAUUCAGGCAGGAGAUCCGGUCGCACGCUAUUAUGGGCUCAAAAGAGGUCAAGUAGUAAAGAUCGUUCGAAAUUCGGAAACCGCUGGUCGAUACAUCUCGUAUCGACUUGUUGUAUAAAGACUUACAACGUGAGGGAAUUAGAUUGAGAAUAAGGAUAGCUAGGUAACCCACAGAAAGCAAUGGUGUGGACCUCAAGCACCUACUAUCUAUUCAUCUCAAUAUAAUAAUAUUUCCAAAAAUUCUUUUAGUUAAUUUCGACGUUUUAAAAAUGUGAUACUA